GGGGAGCAAGUUCCGCUUCACCAGCACAUUUCCAAGCCCCUGCUUACUUCCGGUCUGUUACCACCCGAUUGGUCGGAGCAAAUCACAUGGCCUACGUCAACACUAGGGGGCAUGGAAUUCUGCUCUGCCCUCGGAGAGGCCACCGCAAAGGUGGGUAUGGUACAGAGGAGUGGAGAAUUAUGACCAACAGUUGGAUCCACGCAGGAUAAAGGCCCUUUGUAAACUUGUAGAGCUCCCUGGCCAGACUCAUUGCCAUUAUUACUACCUGUCCAAGACAGGUAGCCCAACCUCCGGAAGGACGGUUGCUUGACUAAAAACCAAAAGUCAGACUUGGCACCUGGAAGUCAAAAGUCUCAGCUUCCAGAUGGGAAGGGCCAAAGCACAGAGCAACCACCCCAGCGCCUGCCCAAAGCCGCCACAGGGCCUUUCCCAGGCUGGCGGAUCAAUAGCAAUUUGGAGCGCUGGGGGCGGGGGGCGCCAUCUAAGUAACUGAACGUGAUGAGUACCGGCUGCUUCCCAGUCCUUGGGGGAAGCGCACGCACCAUCCACUUAGCGCUGGAGCCUGGCCAUUCUCUGGGCACUCCCGUUCCUCCCCCUCCUCCUCUCUGUCCUCCUCCUGCUGGGGCCUCGCUCCUGCCUCGUCCAUCAGCAACUCCUGUUCUGGGCGGGCGCUCCUGGGAGGAUGGAGGCUGCCGGGCCACCCCAGGCCGGGAGGUGCUUUCAGGAGGCCCUGGAGAAGCUGUUCCCUCGCCUCUGCUUCCUCUGCUCCCUGGUGACCUACGCGCUGCUGGGUGCUGCCCUCUUCUCGGCCAUCGAGGGCGGCCAGGACCUGGGGCCAAAUGACCCGGAGUUUGAGGAAUUCCUGGGGGAGCUCUGUGGCAUCUUGAAAUGCAACCGAACAGUUGAGGAAGGCAGGAAACAGGAUCUCAGGGUGCUGCUGCAGAAGGUGAAACCCCACUGGUUCAACACGUUUGCAGACUGGUCCUUCCUGAGCUCACUCUUUUUCUGCUGCACAGUCAUCAGCACUGUGGGUUACGGCCACAUCUACCCUGUCACCAGGCUCGGCAAAUACUUGUGCAUGCUCUACGCCCUCUUUGGCAUCCCCCUGAUGUUCCUCGUCCUCACGGACACGGGUGACAUCCUGGCCACCCUCCUGUCCACGUCUUACAAUCGGUUCCAAAAACUCCCAUUCGUCCGGCCCCACCUUCCCGAGUGGUGCUCCCGCCUGCUCUGCGGAAGGCCUGCCACCAAGCCUGUUUCUGCCACCACGCCUGCGGCCGGAGCCGUCCCCAGGAUCGUCAUAGAAACCCAAGAGCUUCCGGACCCCAAACCCGGCACGGGUCCCUCAGCCCCAGGCAGCAACGUGGAUCUGUUCGAGAGACUUCUUGCACGGGAGAAGCAGAACGCGCUGCAACCGCCCCCGCGGGCCGUCGAGAGGAGCAACUCGUGUCCAGAGCUGGCGUCAGGGAGGCUCUCCUACUCUGUCAUCAGCAACCUGGACGAGGUGGGACGGCAGGUGGAAAAGCUGGACGUCCCCCUCCUGGUCAUCGCCCUCCUCGUCUUCGCCUACAUUUCCUGUGCAGCCGCCAUCCUCCCCAUCUGGGAGAAGAAACUGGACUUCGAGAACGCCUUCUAUUUCUGCUUUGUCACGCUGACCACCAUUGGGUUUGGGGACACCGUUUUGGAACACCCUCACUUCUUGUUCUUCUCCAUUUAUAUCAUCAUCGGGAUGGAGAUCGUGUGCAUUGCUUUUAAGUUGGUGCAAAACAGGCUGAUUCACGUCUAUAAAAAUCUCAUGCUGUUCUUGGCGAGAGGGGCGUUUUACCAUCCUGUUAAAAAGUGAGAUCUCCACCAUCUCUUGUGGGACAGAUGCCAGAUGAGCUGCUUUCCUUGCCUCAUCUCUUGAGGGCAGUGCAGUUGGAACGGGUGGCCCUGCCGCUUGUCACCUGAGACCGUGGGGCUUGGAGACAAAUCCUGCACGAGAGCUGAUUUUGGUCUCAAGGCCCUGCAGAAAUGUGGCCAAUGCCUUUCACAUCAAGGCAUUGGACAAAAACUCUCCCCAUCCUCCGAAGCCCAGUUCAUUGUCCUGUCUUCGUCUGUCAAAAGCCCCACCUUAUGUAAAUGAAACCACCUUAUGGAUGUCAUAGCUUCUCUUGAGACACCAGAAAAAAAAUGAACCUUUGUUUUUGCAGUCCGUACUUUCACCUAAAUUAAAACGUACCCUCGGUGAAACAGAGCUAGUCUGAACG